UUCAUUUUUUCAUAUGAGCGAGUAUAUUGAGGAAGAAUACAGUGAAAAUGAAGAGUCUUUGGAACCAAGAUUGAAGUAUGAAAGAUUGGGAAAUGAUAUCUAUAAUAUUUUAGACAAAGAUUCGUUAUCUUGUUUUGUCGCCCAUGAAAAAUUUCUAGCAAUUGGUACUAGUUGGGGGAUGAUUCACAUCAUAGAUCAUCUAGGCAAUAAAAUUCAAGGAAAAGAUAUAGCCACUCAUUCAUCCACUGUUAAUCAAAUAAGUGUAGAUUUAAUGGGAGAAUAUAUAGCAAGUUGUUCACAUGAUGGCAGAAUUAUUAUAACUGGUUUAUAUAAUUCAGAGCAUAAUCAUUCACAGAGAUUUGAUAUUGAAGUUAAGUGUAUAGCUUUAAAUCCACACUUUGGCAAAGUAAACACAUCUAAAUUAUUUGUAGUUGGUCUAGAUAAAGUUAUUAUAUAUGAAAAAACAAUGUUAGGGAAAAAAACAAAUAUUAUAUAUGGUGGUGGCUUUGGUUCUAUUGAGAGCAUCAAAUGGUUUUCAAAUUAUAUAGCUUGGAAUGAUUUAAAAGCUGUGAAAAUUUAUGAUACCUACUCCAAUAGUAUUAUAGGGAGUAUCAUUAGAGACUCUCAUCCCAUUAAAACUAUUUUCCCAUGCUGUAUUAGAUGGCAUUCUCAACCCCAAGAAGUUGAAAAAUUAUGUGUUUUAGAUUCCACUGAAAAUAGCAAUAAAUCAGUAGAACAAUCAGAUGAGGAAAAAAGUUUAACUGGCAGUAGUAAAGAAAAUUCCUUGCUUAAAAAGAAUUCUCCUCAAAUCAAUAUUAACAAUAAAAAUAAGAUAUUUAUGAUAGGGUGGAUUGAUCAGAUCAAACUAUGUAAGAUUGUAUCAACUUCUCCAACCUCUAAUCCCAAAAAUUUAUCACCUAAAUCAGGUGGCAUUUAUUUAACCACAUCAUUGUUUGAAAAUUUUAAUAUUACUGGCAACACUAUUAUCAAAUAUGUACAAAUUUUUAGAACAGUCACAACUCAUUUUUACAUAUGCGGAUUGAUACCAUAUCCUGACAUUAAUAAUAUAGCUCUCUUAGCUUACUCAAAAGAAGAUAACCAAAUUAUAGCCACAAGCUUAGCAUCCGGAAUGGAUGAUGACCACCAGAAAACAAAUUCCAUCUUAUCCAUCACGGGAAUAGCUUCUGGAGAAGAAGUGUCUGAAUUUCCAGAAAAUAAACCACCAUCUUUCUACUCACCUAAGCCAAAAAUUGAUGGAGAUAUAUGUGUUAGGCCUCAAUUACAUGUUAUUAAUCCAAGAACUGACAAAUAUUAUGAGGAAACGGUCAACGACGCCUUGUCCACCAAGGAUUGGCAAACUACGAAACCCACUCAAUAUAGUUUAGAUUAUUUAAUUGGAGAGGGAAUCUUUUUUGUCGCGAGUCCAAAGGACAUUGUUUUAGGUCGUUCUAGGUCCUCUCAAGAUCACGUUUAUUGGUUGUUAGACAAAGAAUCAUUCGAGGAGGCCCUCAAUUCCGCCAUCAAAUUAUAUUAUUCAUAUCAAGUUCAAGCUGACAAUAAUGCUCUGACAAUGACUACUAAAAAUUUAUCGAAAUCUCCCUCCAGCCUCGCAACCAAUAAUAUCAAGGAAUAUGGUAGCAGGCCUAGUUUUAACACCGAAGAAUCUAACCAAGCCUUGCUUCUCUCAUACAAAGUUGCUAAGAUUUAUUCUGACCACCUGAUAGCCGAGGGACUGUUCGAAAAGGCGGCUCUGAACGUUAUCAAACCGUAUUACAGAUAUCCCUUCAUGCCCCUAUCCUUCUCGAUCAACUCUGGCACUGGAGAUUCAAAAAUAAUAAGCAACAAUUUUAAACUCGCCAUUGCGACGUUAUUAAUCGAGAUGUGGACGGAUGUGAUUUACAAAUUUGCGAAGAGUCAAAAGUUGAGGAGUUUGGUUCUGAUCCUUAAUCCCAAUACGGCGGAAGAAUACAAAGAAAAUUUGAAAUUUUUUAACGUUCCUCCUCUAAACAAGACGAAUGAUAAAGAGAUUUUGGUCGAAUUAGAAUCCCAAUGCUACCAUUUAAUCUUUUCCGAGUUAUUGAUGAUAAGGUCUUCACCAAAGAGCCAGAUCGAAAAAUGGGUUUUACAUGAUAAUAACGUGAGCUAUCGGAUUUUUUUAGACCUUAUCAAGCUGCUGCCUUCCAGAUUAUACGAUCUAAAUUUCGUGACAAAUUUAGUUUUAGAAAAAUUAGGUCAAAAUCCUGAAGAUUUGAUCCUGCUCCAAUGCCUAGCUUUGCUUUAUACGUUCAAUGAGAAGUACGAAAUGGCCUUAUCCAUUUACAUCAAGUUAAAUAUGAGUUCGGAGACGUUUAAACUCAUCGUCGAUUAUCAGCUUUUUGAAAUGGUCAAGGAUAAAACGAUUUCUUCUCUUAUACAAUUGGAUAAAACUCUAACCUUAAAUUUGCUCAUCAAAUAUCGAGACAAAAUAAAUGUCAAUCACAUUGUCCAACAACUUGAACCCUCACCGAAUCUGUUACUAAAUUACUUGGACCUACUUUUUGAGAAAGACAUUCAUUUUGGCAAAAAUUUUCACGGUCUUCAAGUAAAAUUAUACGCCAAAUAUGAACCUCUAAAAUUGAUGAAUUUUUUGAAAAAUAGCCAACAUUACAAUCUACACAGGGCUCUGGAGGAGUGUAGGACUAGUGAAAUGCAUCGUGAAAUGGUUUUUUUGUAUGUAAGAGUAGGAAAUUCUAAAAAAGCUUUAGCCGUGAUGAUUCAAAACCUGGAGGAUAUAAACGGAGCUAUAAAUUAUUGCAAGGAGCAAGACGAUAGCGAAUUAUGGGUCGAACUUAUCAAUUUAUCAAUUAAUAAUCCUUCCUUCGUAACAAUUCUACUACAAAAUAUCGGAACUUAUGUCGAUCCUCUAAUACUAAUUCAACAAAUCCAAGCCGGAAUGAAAAUCCAAGGUUUGAGGGAUUCGCUAGUCAAAAUAUUAAGGGAUUAUCAUUUACAGACCGAGCUCAGAGAUAGUUGCAAUAAAAUUUUGCUCUCCGACGCCGCCCAAUUAUUCCGCGAAAAAUUUCAAAUUAGUAAGAAAUCUUUCACCCUUACGGAUGAUGCCGAUUACGCCUUCUUGCUAAACGAAAAUAUUCACAAGAACAACAAAGAUCAUCAUCUUAAAAGUGUCCAUUUUAACUGUAGUCAUUGCCAGCAGUCCCUGUUCUCCGACUCUUCCUCUUUAAAUUUCCACCCCGCUUCUGAUAAUAGCGUUUAUAAAAGUUGUGAUAAGGAGACAUCUUCGACAAAAGACGAAACAUCGAUGACGGACAAUGGGGUAGAUGAUAGAAAAAUUGGCGAUUCUCGACAUAAAAAAGUUAACUAUAUUAAUCUGAAUGACAUUAUUCUAUACUUGUGCAAGCAUGCCUUUCACCACGAGUGCCUUAAAAAUUUACUUUACGAAAACUCUACCACUUCAAUUUAUAAAAUCAAUUGCCCCAUAUGUUCAAGUGUUUCUCAAUCAUUAAUGUCUGCAAUAGGAAAAUGAAUAUUUUUGUAUUUAAUUUUAUUUUUAUAACGCUGGCCAAUGAUUGUACUAUAUUGUCAAAUUUUUUCGUUCUGUAUACGUAUUUAUCUUUUUAUAUUACAAGAGGAAAUUUAAUCAAAUGUAUAAAUAUAA